UCGGAACGCUAAAACGUAAGAUUGAAUAAGUUUUCGUGCAACAUACGGCAACAAGAUUAUCUCAACAAUACUAUAUAAUAGCAUCAACACAUAAAACUAGCUGAUAAAACUCAAGUCUAGAAUGUCUAUGGAUUCAUUUUGUUGCUUCUUCCUCUUUCUGUUUCUGGUUCAUCAACCAUCAAAUUCCCAACAAGAUUAUCUCAACAAUAGUCAGCUGAAUUGCGACAAAAACCCUUCAAUAUCAAAAGGGUAUUUCUGCAAUGAUAAUGAUCAAAUCCCAUGCCAAUCCUAUUUAACCUUUAUAUCUCGCCCACCUUACAACACUCCCACCUCCGUCGCUUACCUUCUCGGUUCAGAAGCCUCCCUUAUAGCUACGAUCAACAACAUUACGAUCAAAGACACGAUCCCGUCGGACAAAGUUAUCAUAGUUCCGAUUUCUUGUUCAUGUAGGGGUAGUAUAUACCAGCAUAAUACUCCAUACACAAUCAAACAUGUAAGUGAGACGUAUUUUAUAAUAGCGAAUAACACUUACCAAGGCUUGACGACUUGCCAGGCCUUGAUGGGUCAAAACUACUAUGAUCCUAAAAAUCUUCAGGUGGGGAUGGAGUUGAUGAUUCCGCUAAGAUGCGCUUGUCCGAGUCGAAAUCAAACGGGCAACGGUGUGAUGUCGCUAUUGAUGUAUAUGGUGACAUGGGGAGACUCAAUUCCAUCAAUUGGCAAAGCUUUUGGAGACGAUGCAGGAAGCAUACUAGAGGCCAAUAGGCUGUCGCGGGACAGCGUGAUCUUUCCGUUUACGCCGAUUUUGGUUCCUCUUAGAAGUGAUAGGUGUGCGGAUAAUCCUGAAAGUUUCUUUUGUCAAUGUCCUGAAGGAGGUUUUAGUUGCAGACAUGACAGCAAAAAGUUUCCCAUCAAAGUGGUUGUACUGUUAGGUAUUGGCAUUGGUAUGGGAUUAUUGUGUUUAUUCUUGUUCAGCUACAAGUUAUAUCAGUUUGUAAAGAAAAGAAAAAACAGAAUUAAAAAAGAGAGACUAUUCGAGCAAAAUGGUGGCUUCUUGUUGCAAGAGAGACUCAUGUUAGCUAGCAGAGGUGAAAAGGCAAAACUAUUUACAUCAGAAGAGCUAGAACGAGCUACCGACAACUAUAACCGGAGCCGAUUUCUCGGUCAGGGAGGCUAUGGAACUGUCUACAAAGGAAUGCUACCAGAUGGCACCAUAGUUGCUGUUAAGAGAUCAAGAACUAUAGACAGAACCCAAAUCGAGCAAUUUAUAAAUGAAGUUGUGAUUCUAUCACAGAUUAAUCAUCGGAAUAUAGUCAAGCUCCUAGGUUGUUGCUUGGAAACUGAGCUUCCAUUGCUAGUAUACGAGUUCAUUCGUAACGGAACUCUUUCGCAACAUGUUCAUCAAAAAGAUAGAGAAGAAUCUUCACUUCCGUGGGAGAUUCGAUUCAGAAUCGCAAGCGAAGUGGCUGGAGCAGUAGCAUAUAUGCAUUCUGCAGCUUCAUCGCCCAUUUUCCACCGCGAUAUCAAAUCUGAAAACAUACUCCUAGAUGAUAAAUACAGCGCAAAAGUAUCCGAUUUCGGAACUUCUAGAGCAAUCCCAUUAGACAGAACUCAUCUAACCACUGCGGUGCAAGGAACGUUUGGAUACUUGGAUCCGGAAUAUUUCUAUACAAGUCAAUUCACUGAUAAAAGUGAUGUCUACAGUUUUGGCGUUGUGCUAAUUGAGCUUCUUACAGGGGAAAAGCCUAUUUCCUUUGAAAGAAGUGAAGAUGAGCGAAACCUAGUAGCGUUUUUUAUUUCAUCGGCAAAUGAGGAUCGGAUAUUUCAAAUUCUAGAUCCUCGAGUUGCUAAAGAAGCUAAUAUAGAAGAUAUUCAUGCUAUUGCUAAGCUAGCAACUAGUUGCUUGAGAUUGGAUGGGAAGAAAAGGCCUACUAUGAAGGAAGUAGCAACGGAGUUGGAUGGAUUAAGAAAAUCACAAAGAUGCUUACACAUUGACCGACAAGGACACGAAGAAAUCGAGGAAUAUAAUACAUUUUCAUUGGAAAUGGAAUCUACCUCUUUCUAAUCACUGGACCAAAGAGAUGCUCUGCUGAUAAUUCUGCUGGUACCAAUCUUUCACAUUGCAAUUUCCCAUCCUUGCAAUUUCUUCACGCGAGUUUGAAGGGUUAUUGAAAUCCGAGACAGCUUCUGUAAUUUCUCGACCAAAGUCGACGAUCACCCCUUGAAUGCCCAUCAAAUGCUGCACGUAUACCACCUCUGGCAUGUUACUGCGAAAUGAGCAACUAUUUUUUAUUAUGCAAGUAAAAUUCAAUUUUAAAUUUUCUGCAACAAACAUAAACGACUCUAUGCUUACUUCAGUAGGCCGUAACUAAUGAGAGAAAGCUUCGACUCUUUCAUUCUUGUGACAGCUUCAGGAUUUCUCAAGAUAGCCUUGACUUCAGAGACAAUUCCUUGCAAACCGCCUUCGGUGCAAACCUUAAUGGCUUCAUCCAAUGAAUUUCUUCUUAUGUCCAUGUAAAUUUCAGAUCCCCCAUUUGUUAGGAAGAAAACCUGGAGAGAUUAAUCAACAAGGAGCUUCAAAAAUUACUUUGAUCACGACAAAAGUGGGGAAAAUGAUUCGAAAUGCAGAAACUAUUGCCGGUUAAACAGAUAUCCAAAACAAUCUUACCGGAUACUUUUUCUGCAUUUUUCUCAUAAUCUGAGCUGCAUCUGGUAGAAAACUAGAGAAUAUGAUUGGUCUGUCUUUAGCACUCUCAUACACUACCUGGCAAUGGAAUUCAAAAUUACAUUUUGAGCCAUUAUUAAAGAAUAGAAAGUGAGACAUGCAUGAACAUUUACGGGUUAAAUAUUUUUGCAGUUAUCCAACGCUUUUAAAGAAUGGUUAUGGACACUCAAUGUAUUAAAUUUCAAUAACUCAAUGUUCAUUUUUCAGUAUGAGGAGGUCAUCCCAUCAAUUUGGACCAAAUUCUAUCUGUGUAUAUUAUAUUUUGAUAAUUCAACAUUCAUUUUUAAAAAAACGGGAGGUUAUCUGAUCAAUUCGAGUCAAAUUGACGAAUUGCCAAUGUCUCACUUUUUCGACGAAUUGACACAUAUAUCGGAUAACCUCCGUUGUUGAAAAAAUUAAUAUUGGAUUACCAAACCAUAACAAAUUGAAUAACCAUUAUGUAAAAUAUUUAAUCCAAACAUUUACCUUCAAGAUUGCUUGAAGAACGUGUUCAAGUUCGUCCCGUUUGUAAAUAAGAUGAUCAUCAAAUUUCAAUUCAAUGUUAAACCCUAUUGUACCAUCAA